UGAAACCUGUCCCCCCUCAUCCUAUCCCUGCACUCCGUGAUCAAGAGCCCCUCCCCAGCUUUCCUGUAGCCCCUUUCAGUACAGGAAGCUGCUCUAAGGUCUCCCCUGAGCCUUCUCUUCUCCAGGCUGAACAACCCCAACUCUCUCCACCUGUCACCACAGGGAAGGUGCUCCAGCCUUUGGAUCAUGUCCGUUGCCUCCUCUGGACUUGUUCCAACAGAUCCAUGGCCUUCCUGUGCUGAGGACUCUGGAACUGAAUGCAGGACUCAGACCAAUAAAGCUCAAUGGGUCCAGUCACUGGAAUGACUCCAGACAAGAAAGCUGAAACACCAGGAGCAGAAAAAGCUGCAGGACUACGGCAGUGCCAUGGGAUGGGAAGCUUGCCUGAUGCAGGUGAUGCUGGCAGGCCAAAGGCCACUGUGGUGGACAGAGAUUUGGCAGAUGAUGAGCUCACAAAUUUGAACUGGCUGCAUGAAAGUACUAACCUGCUAACAAACUUCAGCCUUGGAAGUGAGGGUCUUCCGAUCGUCAGCCCCUUGUAUGACAUCGAGGGUGACAGCGUGCCAUCAUUCUCACCCUCGUGCUACCAGAACCCUGAAAAAAAGUCCUCCACUUCCAAACCCCCUUACUCCUUCAGCCUCCUCAUUUACAUGGCAAUCGAGCAUUCCCCCAACAAGAGCUUGCCAGUCAAAGAAAUCUACAGCUGGAUCCUGGAGCGCUUCCCCUACUUCGCCACGGCGCCUACCGGCUGGAAGAACUCUGUCCGACACAACCUCUCCUUGAACAAGUGUUUCCGGAAGGUGGAGAGAAGCCAUGGCAAGGUGAAUGGAAAAGGUUCGUUAUGGUGCGUUGAUCCAGAAUAUAAGCCUAAUCUUGUCCAGGCACUGAAAAAGCAGCCUUUUCCCUCAGCACUUGCAUUCUAUACUCCACCGGCGUCACCGCCAAGUAGGUCGGCGUCCCCUCACUACCUGACUUCAGUCCUUCAGCAGAAUCAUGGUCGAGUGCUCAAAGAAUCUGACAUCGAUGCUGCUACUGCAAUGAUGCUGUUAAAUACUUCCAUUCAACAAGGGAUGCUGGACUGUGAGAAACCUCAGCCUUUGAAGACACCCAAGAAGAGGAGUUACGGCAGUGCUUUCAAUCCCCCCAGUUCCAUAAAUCUGCAGGAAAAUGAUUCUGCAGCCACCAAUAUUGAUCCGAAGGAGGAUCACAACUACAGCGCCAGCAGCCUGGGCUCCCAGCGCUGCGCAUCAAGGUCCAGUGUGUCUUCCUUGUCUUCCUUUGACGAUGUGUAUGAAUUUAUCUCCAAGACCAGCCACGAUGGCAGCGAAGGCUUUCACAGUGAAAUGGAUACAGACGUUGACUCUGAAGACGAUCCUCUUGGAGACAGUGGCUAUGCAUCACAACCCUGUGUAGAUACCUCGGAGAAAAGUCAGCCGGGCAACAAAGUGCUCGAGGAGCUGUGCCAAGAAAUCGAUGAAGAGUUGAAAGAAGCAGCGGGGUCUCUGCUCCACCUUGCUGGCAUCCAAACGUGCUUGAGUUCCUUGAUAAGUACUGCAAAGACCCACUGCCACAAGCAAAGGAAGAAAUAGUGUGUCUGUCAGUGUUAAAUAUAUACAUCUAUUUUUUUUAAUUGUGGCAAUACUCUUCUACUUUUACCCUUCACAAGGGAGAUCAAAGCCAUAAGAGGACUCAUUGCUUUUUUAUUUUGGGCGCUAACUAUAAUUUAGCCAUUUAUUUUUCAAUCACUGCCUAAAAAGAAAACCAAUUAUUUAAUCUUCUCAGUUAGAAGAGGUGCAUGACUUGGGAGAACCUAAAGCAUACUUCUUAAUGAUCACUUUUAGUUGUCUUUUUUUUUUUCAUUUUAAUCGUUGAUUUUACUUUUUUUUCCCAGACAUACGUUUGUUCAGGUGCACAUCGUGGAUUGCAUUUACAUGUCUGCUGGCCCUGUCUGUGGGUGUAGGUUUUGCCCUGUCUGAGGGCUCUGAAUUCUAUGUAGAGGAUUAAAAAGGAGACCAAAAAAGAAAGAAAGGGGGGGGGAGAAAAAGGGGUCCCAGCCUCACCUGCCUCCUCCACUUGUCCUCAAGACAAGUCCCGGUGGAGAUACUGGUGAAGGAGCUCUGUGGGCCUGUGGUUUUCAGCCCAUGGGACACGGCAGCUGGAAACUGUAGCACUCCAGGAGCUGCGUCAGAGAGAUGCCCAGUACCCCUGGAAGAGCAGGGAUAAGGGGCAGCUGAGCUGGGUACCACCUCCAGCUUCUUUUUUUUUCCUUCCUUCCCCCAAAUCUGCAUGCAGGUCAGAUUCCUGAAGGAAAACAGGGUUGGUUUUUCCAUCUUAGGACACAUUGUCUUUUUUGGGGUGGUGUGUCUUCACACAGAUCCAUGGUGCACCUUGGAUGCAGCCAACAUUGAAAGCCACCACUUACCAAGUUUGUUGUUCUUGUGUUACCACUGUUGAAUACAUAGUAGCUGCAUAGUCCUGCAACAUCUUCCCCCUUCUGCUCCCCUGUACCAGUUCGAGUAGGGGGAAGAGAACCCAAGAGCCGAUGGUGAUGACAACAAGGGCGAGGUGGAAGCUUUAUGUGGUGAGCGAUGGCCAGAAAGGGGACGUCUUGUCCCCUAAUCUGAGACAAAAUGGAAUAGUUUCCUUCUGUCCCGGUGAGCCCUGAAUUGCUUUGGGGGUUUUUGCCUCUUCCACUCAAUCUUUUUUUUUUUUUUUGUCCCAUGGGCCAUCUCUGCCUUGUGUUUCCCAGAUCGCCGUGCCUUGUGCUGUGCAAGUCCUGUCAGCCUCCUGCUGCCUACGGGGCAUCUAACGGGCAAGGCGAGGCUGUAGCCUUUGGAUGUGCGUCAUGACUCAGGAGCACCUCCUUGUUUUGGAAAGAAAUUCCUUUACAAUUCAGUUUUGCAAUAAACACAUCUCUUUAGUUCCAAGACAUCCUUCAGCCAAAAACGUUCAGCGGUACAGUGAGCUUCUUUCCUCUUAAUUCUUUUAAACUCCGUGGUGAUUGCUGACAUCUUCUUGUAGGUGAUGGUUUUCUGUUCAGGAUUGGGUAAGCAGUUCUGUUGGCUUUAACAGGACUGCGAGUGUAAAGAUGCCUUAAAUACGUUGUGGAAUCACGUACAAGGUCAUCUCCUGUUUCCGAAAGAUAGCAUGAUGUGCCAUAAACGUCCUUCUGAACACGUGGAGCUGUGGCUUCCAGCAGCUGUUGGGCAAGCUGGUGGAAAAUCGGGAGCAGGAAACCAGUUUCCACUGGUUUGGUUGUUGAAAACAGUGCUGGAUUCCACCAAAAGUUAACUUAUCCCUAAGGCGGUGUUUUUCUGGCUGUUUGGAGGCCUUUCCUAGAUUGGCGUGGUUGGGGUUUUCUCACUUGUCACUCUCUUCAUGAACACUGCCAUGAACUGUCUAAACAUAACCACAGUUGUGCUGCUGAAGGGCUGUUGCUCUGAGGGCUCUUCCAGUGCCUCUUGAAGACAACGGUGCUGCUCCCGCUGACUCAGUGGCUGGUGGAUCAAGCCUGAAAUAGUUGAGGUUCUUUGUGUUUUGGAAUUUAAAGCCAACAUGAAUUUCUUUUUAAAGCACAAACACUAGAAAAAAGAAGUGGGUGUUGUUUUUCCGCCGUUACUUCAGUUUUAAGAACAAUUUGUUUGAUUUCUUGAAAGGCAAGAAAUACUCUACUGUGUUCCCACAUUGCGUGAACACCCAUUGGGUUACAGGGCAACGUGUGUGCAGAUGUGGGUGUCUUCUGGGUAUCACAAGUGGUGCAUGAGCCAAUCAGAUUGGAUAUCAGAUGUGUUACUGAGGGAUAGCAGGGGUAAAACUUGCUAUUUAAAGGAAAAUCGAGUACCAACGCAGUGGUUCUUAGGGUUUUGGGAUGUGGAGAUGCGAUUGCUUGGUGGAACUGCUUUUUGCUUACGGGUUCUGUUUGUUCUGUGAUGGGAAACUGCAAGGGGUAGAGGUUGUGUUGAUAUGAGAACGAGGAUUCAGCUACAUGCAAAUAUUGUCAGCAGGCUGGGAUUUGUGUGGUGCUAUGAUUUCGGUUCCUCGCUGUUGAGGAGGGGUGGGUCCUGGCUCCUGCUGGAGGUGGUUGCAGCUUUUCUGUAGCUUCCAGUGAAAGCUGGACCAAGGUCCAGGUGUUCUGGAAACUGCAGUCAUAGUCAGCUCCAUGGUUUGGUUCUGGAUUGCUUUUUUGCCUUGCGUGAAGUUUGAGAAGGUUAAUACUCACUAGGAGUGUAUCUGUGUUGCUGUGUAACCCUGAAGCGUUUCUGGACAGAUGGGGCUGGGGUGCUAACAGUGCGUGUAAUUACCAUAUGCAAUGAGCAAUAAACCCACACUAAUCAGAAGUUAAGGGUGAAAGCUCCAUCCAUCCUUACAGCUUUCAGCCUGGGAGAACUGGAAUUGUGGAAGCAGGGAGGCAAUGCAGCCUUUCCCCAGGACACAGAGCAGGGAAGCAGGGCUGUGCUCUUCACGCUUGGCCACCUUCCCUCUCCUUCUGAAGGAGAAGGCAGCUGAUCUGUGCUUCUGCCCUGUCCCACCAUGUUGUCCCACGCCUCUGCCUGCAGGUUCUGGCAGGAAAGGGUGACCGCUUGGUGGCAGAGCAGCUCUCCUGGCAGCAAGAGAAGAGCUGCCCUUCCUUUCGUUCACGUACUGACCACUGGGUUUGCCCUCCACCUCCAUGAAACCCUGGUGUACAUAGUAUACAUGGAGAAUAAUUAAAAGCUAUUUUGAUUGUUGGGUUUGGGGUUAUUUUUUAGCAACGUAUGUAAAAUGUUCAUGCCAAUGGUUGACACGGAUAUAUUUUGGCAAGGAAAGUAUUAACAAACCACAUUCAGUUCUUUAAAGAUGGUGGAGAUGGGACUGGUGUGCAGGGAAGGCUGCUCUGUUCAGGCUAAAUCUGCUGUGAGUGCUGUACGAACCCAUACCGGCCCUUCAGGUUCCAUUAUUAAAUUGCUGCUUCUGCAAAAGUUGCAUCAAACAUUUAAAAUCCAACUGUGAAAUGGAAGUUGUGUGGUUUGCAGCUCUUCAUCAGCCUGAAAAGUGAGUACAAGCUUUGGUUGAAGUGUGCUUAUCCUGGUGUAGUCGCAAUAUUUAUCAAAAAGAAAAGGUAGAACAUUUGAAGUGUUGCACCUGCCAUGAUUCUUAAAGCACAUUCCUUGCUCCUAACUGCCAGUGCCAUUAUUGGUCUGUUUUAUAAAUGUACAUUUCUUCACAAACUAAAAAGUGCAUAAUUAAGAGUAUUACAUUACUGCCAUGUAGCGAUAUAAAAUGUUUUAUAAUUGCCAACUCAUUGUAACUAUUAUUUAUUGAGAAGUGAAUUGUAAGAAUACUUUCUGAUAAAAUGAACCAGAGGUGUUUUUAAACCCUUCCCCUUAGCUCGUUUCUGAUGUAGCAUAAGCAAUGUCCUUGGGGUUGUUUAGGAUAACUUUGCCAGUAGGUAACCAGUUCUAACCCUGUCCUCUCCAGUUUAGUCCUUUACCUGUUUUAAAGGCGAUUUACAGAAGUUUAGUUUUUUGUAUGCUAAUCUCUGUUUAAUUAAAAUGUUUAUAAAGUUUAUUUUUACCAAAGAGAUGCAAUUCAUUAUGACAAAAUAUUGCAGAAUAAACUUUGUUUUAUAACAUUUGUGACCUUUUUCUGCCCACGUUUUUCAUUCAGGUGAUCAAAGGGGCUUUUCUAAAAUAAACAGCGUUGCAACCAGAAAGUGGCGUGCUCUCUUUCUCUGCAGACCCUGCUCUCUGAUGGUGCUCCAGGUUGCCUGCCUUCCCGUUUAGAUCUCUUCCACAGGACUGCGCUGGUGUGAAAAGCUAAAUGUGUAAUUCAUUACGGGGCUCGGCUUGGUUCAGACUGGUGAUGCAUGUUGAAGUCAUCUGUAUGAUAGCAGAACCCCAUCAAUCCAUACCAGGAUUUCCUUACAGUCAGGUUCAUCCAUAGCUGACCCAUAGUAGUUGAAGAGCAUGCUGUUAAGGUCAAGAUUUCACCUUUUAACCUGGAGGUUGAGGAAAGCUGACACUUUGUCUCUCUGCAAUUCCAGUACCUGGAUUUUAUUUGAACGGGCCAGACUGGAGAAUCUGAGUGCAGGCGGGCUUAGCCAGGCAAUACUCCUGAGCUGUGCUCCCUGCAAGUGAAAAGAAGAAAAGCAGGAAGCGAGGCUGUAGAAGAUUUAGAGACCUUCAACAAGAGAUGGCAGAGCUAAGGAAGAGGUUUUAUUUUCCUGGAAGAGGGGGAAUUCUGCAUUAAACACAAAAAAAUGGAAGAAACACAAAAGUUUUUCAACUGUUAGUUCUUCUGUUCUAUGGAUCACGUAUCAGAAUUAGCUGUCAAGAUGCAGGAGCUGCUGCUGUUGCACUGAAGGCUGGUAUGUGCUGUACCCCAGCGGAAUGUGAGCUGUCAAGUCAACUCUGCAUUACCCCAGACAGCCGCCUGCUUAGUUUUUUCCAUUCUCUUGUUCUCAGUGAUCUCUCUUUACACAAAGGCACCACUCCCAGCCACGCACACACCCUAUGGAUGAUUCACACUACUUAUCCUAUGGGCUGGGAAGGGACAUGGGAGACACAGACUUGUUUGCAUUUCUAUUUUUAAAUGCUGCAGAAACACUGAAAUUAUGAUAAUGAAGACUACAAAUAAUUAAAAGAAAAUGUUUUGUGAAGCGCAUUUCUGCGCAUGCAUUAGUUUUUUUGAGUACUUGUCUUUUUUAAUUUCAUUAGAACGGUCAGAUUUUGAAAUAGGUUAAAGGUCACAGAUAACAAC